AAACAAACCCAAGGCUUCAGAAAAUCACAGGAAGUGUAGUUUUAGAUGCUCUUUAACCUCCUUAAUCAAAGCUUGCUGAUGUCUCAACAAAUUACAAAUCUCAGGAUUCUAUGACAGUUAAAUGAUGUUAAACUGCAUUAAUUCUACAAUGUAGGUGAAGCCUUAAUUUCAGUUUACUCUUCACCUCUUUUAAAAAAAAAUAGAAGUUCCCAGCAUGACUGAAGUUGGCAAACCAAUCAGUAUAAACUACAAAAUUGUAAAACAGUUCCUGAAGACUUAAAAUAUCUCAGGGGACCUGAUACCUGACUGGAUCAUUAGUAACCGAUCCCUCCUAAGAUUUGCAUUCCUCUCUCAUAUGAUUUGAACAUUCAAAAACCCUCUGACAGUAAGGUUUUCACUAUUAGGUAUCGGAGAGAAGCAAGGAGAAUCACAAGCAAUAGCAUAUUCCAGAUAUUUCUUAAAGAAGAAGAUGGCUGCUUACCAAAUGUCUCCAUUUGCUAUCUUCUCCUGUUGCAUUAUAGGCAUUUUGUGCAUUAUUUCCCUUUCUGGGAAUGGAUUUAUCUUCAUUGUGACUGUGCUGCAAUGGCUCCAGAAGAGGAAGAUGCCACCUUGUGACUUCCUCCUGACUUGCUUGAGUGCCUCCAGAUUGCUAACACAGUUUAAUUAUAUGGCCAGCUAUUUUUUGCCUUUCUUUUAUUCGCCAAGUAUAAGAAAAAUGUUUUUUUUCUCCAGGGUCUUUCUUCAUAUGGCCAGUCUUUGGUGUGUCUCCUGGCUCAGCAUUUUCUACUGUGUGAAAGUCAUCAACUUUUCCAACUCUUUACUCCUUUGGCUAAAGUUAAGGAUCAAUCUGCUUGUACCCAAACUACUUGGAAUAUCAAUGGUCAUUUUCAUGGUCUUUUCUCUUCCUUCCAUCUUCACAUUUCAUAAAUUCAAUAAACCAUGUAAUCAGACGAUAACACCACCAACCAGCCAUGAACCUGAAGAUAGCAUGUGGAUUCGUUUUUUUCCAGUGCAGAUAACUUUCACUUGCAUAAAUUUCAGCAUGAACAUAGCAGCAACCCUUCUUUUGCUCAUCUCUUUGUGGAGACAUGUGAGAAAUCUCAGAAAGAGUGGAACUAGUGUGCAGGACCUCAACACUCAGGUCCACCUCAAAGUCAUGAGGCCUUUGUUCAUCACUCUCUUACUCUACCUUUUAUUUAUUGCUUGUUCGAUAACAAUGACAACUGGCUUUUUUCAUGUUCAAGAAAACCAAGCACUGAUUUCAGAGAUAAUGAUUUCCAUAUUUCCUUCAGUGCAUCCCAUAAUAUUAAUAUGGACCAAUCCAAAACUCAAAGAUGUGGCUGCUCACAUGUUAAACAUAAGGCAAAGAGCUUAAAAAAAGGAGAUGGUGGCAACAGGUAUCCAUCCCUGUGUUUGAACAAGCUGCUUCUAUAAGUGUGUGAAGUAAACAUUGAAAUGAAACCUGAUUCUGAAUAUGGAGACUCAUCAACAGGGAAAUGCUAAGAAUCUGCCUUUUAACAUGCUUUGGUACAAGGUAUACUCAUGCUGAAUCCUAUUUUGAACCUUCAAUGAUUCCACAACUUUCUGACUGUUGUAAUGCUGACCUGAGAUAUAUCCAGAUUUCUGCAAUUUUUCAUUGAAACUCUUCCAUAUGUAGAUCACUGCAAAGAUCGACAAAUCAAUAAAACAUUUGCUACAGCCAAAUAAAGGGUGGGGCUUACUGGCUUGUUCUAAGAAUGUAAGUGUAUGUUGGAUCAUGUAAAUGGAAGUUUGUGUCUGGUCCUUUACAAUCAAGUCUGAAACAUAUUCCUAUGUGAUUUUUGAUGCCAGGUAUAGAUGGCUUUUGUAGCGCCUUAGAUGCCUCAUUGGGAUUAAAGACUGGUCAUCAUCCAGAUGGUAUUUUGGGGACUUUACCACAUAAUGAUUAAGUUACAGAUUAGUGCGCAAGAGUCAGGAACAAUAAAAAUUGAAAAGAGAAUCUGGCAGGGAUGCCCCCAUUCCCCAUUGAUCUUCAUCGUAGCAAUGGAAAUUCUACUAAACUCAAUUAGAGAAGAUGAAGAAUUAAACGGAGCAAAAAUUAAUUAAGAAUCUUUCAAAUUAAGAGCAUACGCCGACAAUCUGAUCUGUACCGUAGAAAACCCAUUAACUAAUAUUAGGGACUGGCUUGGAAAAAUAGAAGAUUUUGGAAACGUCUCCGGCUUUAAAAUUAACAAAGAUAAAUCAAAACUAUUGACAAAAAAUAUAUCCAAAAAAGAAAGGAAAAACUAAAGGAAAUUACUGGCCUGGACAUAUCUAACAAAAUAAAAUAUCUCGGAAUCUUUAUCACAGCCAAAAAUUCACAGCUCCUCCAAAACAAUUACGAAACCAAAUGGAAGGUGAUCAAGAAAAAUCUUGUCAAUUGGACAAAUCUAAAACUAUCUUUAUUAGGAAGAAUAGCAGUGGUUAAAACAAACAUUCUCCCCAAAUUGUUAUAUAUCUUUCAAAAUCUACCAAUAAUUAGAAAUAAUCGGUUAUUUAAAGAGUGGAACAGAGAUAUUUCA